UACCCCGGCCGCGUAACGACUAACGAGUAACGACCGUAAAGAAUAACGUCCUGACGUCCGCCAUUUUCACGGACGUCUCAUCCGCGCGAUCAUCAGUUUUCGAUUUUUGUAAUUUGUAGAUUUGUUGCACGCGUCGUGCGUUAAAUACUGUCGUUCGGUAUUUUACGCGUAUUAAGAGUGAAUUUCAGUAUUUUUGGUGUUCAGUAAGGACCAGUUACCGCGAUCGCAACACAUUCACGAUGAGUUACAGCAGACCGCCCCCACGGAUUGAAGGCAUGGUAUCGCUGAAAGUUGACAACCUCACCUAUAGAACAACGCCUGAGGACCUGAGGAGAGUGUUCGAGAGAUGUGGAGAAGUCGGAGACAUCUACAUUCCCCGUGAUCGGUUUACUCGAGAGAGCAGAGGGUUUGCUUUUGUCAGAUUUUAUGAUAAACGUGAUGCCGAAGAUGCAUUAGAUGCGAUGGACGGUCGCAUGUUAGAUGGUAGAGAAUUACGUGUUCAGAUGGCUCGCUAUGGACGUCCAACUUCACCAUAUAGAAGAAGACGCAGGAGGUCUCGUUCGCCUAGACGUCGUUCAUACUCAAGGUCCAGGUCUCGUGGCCGUCGUUCACGUUCUUACUCUAGAUCACGAUCACGUUCACGUUCUGGUAGUAAAAGUUCAAGAGGGCAUUCAAAAUCAGCCAGUCGGUCAAGAUCAUAGAUGUGAAUCUUUCAAAAAUUAUACAGAAAAAAACUGAUGAAACAAACAACAACAGCCACA